CCCGGCGAUGCUCUUCGUCCUCGCCGCACAUGCUUUCUUCGAUACCUGGAUGCGAUUUUCCUUUUUGCAGCCGGAGCCAACCUCGGCCACUAACUUUCUUGCCGCCUGGUUCUUUUCUCGUCGAUUUCAGUCACGUCAUUCGUUAAGGCCUUCGGAACUGCUGGAGUUUCCGCGAUCACCAAACUCAUUUCGUCGAUUUAAUUAUUAAGUAGACUCGAGGCCUUCGUUGCAUCCAGCUGACGCGCGUCGCGAGCAACGUGUCGUCUUGCUUCCGACGUCUCGCUGUUGCGUUCUGGGGAAGUUGGUGCUCAUAGUUCGGGCACCUGGUUAUAAUUUGGGGACGUGGUUUCUUCGUUGACAAGGUGUUCAUUUGAUCUUGGAACUGUCAGGACGAUUUUAUUUCUGCUGCCAAAAUAGCGGAAAAUCCGUACAAUGUCGUCUCAGUUGUAGAUCAUGGGAUAUAGUCACGGAGGAACUUUAUAUGAUCAUCUAAAUGCUGCUACUACUUUCUUGGAGGCCGCAACAGCAUCACCUGCUGGGCAAAGUAGCAUAUUCUAAAAGGUCCAUGAGAACAUGCGAUUGGCUAUUAGUACUUGCUUGUUCUACAGGAGGAGAAGUCGACGACGACGAGUGCAGGUGUGAAUUAUCAGCAUUCAGAACAUUGGAACAUUUUUAAAAAUUCGACUUUAUUUCAGAGAAAGACCUGCUGCUUGUGACGAUGAUCCCACUGGUUGUGCACGUCAUGAGUCUUUGACUUAGCAAAGAUUGGUUGGGUUAUUAGCAUAUUAGUGGUGAAAGUGGGAGAACAUGGACGUUAUUAGCGUUUUAUCUCCUGGUUCAAGCCUAAAGCAUACUCCACCGAAAAAAUUGGGAGGUGGGAACUGCAACGAUAUAUGGGCUGCGGUACGAAAUGGCUCGGUGCAGGAUGUGGAACUGGCUUUAGCGUCUAUGAAAAAAUGCAAUGGGAAUGUUGAUGCUAGAAGUGUAUUUGGCUCUACUGCGCUACACAUCGCAGUCUGGCGAAACCACAUACCAAUUGUCCGACGUCUGCUUGCAGCUGGUGCUAAUCCUGACGCUAGGGAUGGCGAGUCCGGAUGGAGCAGCUUGCACAGGGCUUUUCAUUUUGGGCAUCUGACGGUUGCUGGUGUGCUUUUGCAAGCGGGUGCUUCUUUAACGAUUGAGGAUACAAAAGGGCGAAUACCUAUUGACCUCAUAUCUGGCCCUGUUAAGAGUGUCAUUUCCAACUCAGUUAUGACUGAGGUAUACAGUUGGGGUAAUGGUGCAAAUUAUCAGCUGGGAACAGGAACUGCUGGUAUUCAGAGAAUACCGUGCCGAUUGGACACUUUGCAAAACCUUGACAUCACAUACGUUGCAGCAGCUAAAUUCCAUAGUGCAGCUGUUACCGCAAAUGGUGACAUGUAUACUUGGGGCUUCGGGCGUGGUGGUCGACUUGGGCAUCCUGAUUUUGAUAUCCACAGUGGACAAGUUGCGGUUAUUAUUCCUCGACAAGUCACCAGUGGGCUUGCUGGUAAGAAGGUGAAUUCAAUUGCUGUGGCUAAACAUCACAGUGUCAUUUCUACGGAUGGAGGAGAAGUCUACACCUGGGGUUCUAAUCGAGAUGGUCGCCUAGGUUAUCCGUCCGUGGAUACACAAGCUACUCCACGCAAAGUUGGUACUCUCAAGGUUCGUGUGUCAAUAGUGGCAGCAGCAAACAAGCACAGUGCUGUUCUGACACAAUGCGGGGACGUCUAUACUUGGGGUUGUAACAGUGAAGGGCAGUUGGGUUAUGGUACCUCUAAUUCUGCAUCCAAUUGCAUGCCUCGGUGGAUUGAUUAUCUGAAGGGUAGAAAAUUAGUGACUAUUUCUACUGCAAAAUACCAUACUGUAGUCCUUGAAGAGUCUAAACGGGAGGACGGGGAGUUCGAGCACAAGGUUCUGACUUGGGGCUAUAAGAUGGUGACUCCUCGCCGUGUGAUUAUUGCUCGAGAUAUUAAGAAGAGAGGAUCCUGUCCAUUGAAGUUUCAUAAAAAGGGUCGUAGAGAUCAGGUGGUUGCUAUUGCUGCAGGCAUGACUCAUAGCACAAUAGUCGCAGAGGAUGGUCUAAUCUUCUAUUGGGUAUCUGCUGAUCCAAAUCUGCGGACUCACCAGCUCUCUUCUAUGGCAGGCCACCAAGUUGUGGCCGUUGCAGCUGGCAAGUACCGAACUGCAGUAACAACAAGCACUGGGAAUGUCUAUGUCUGGGAUGGUGAAGGAAGCAAGGCAAAUGUUCAUCCAUCUCCUGUUCGUGUUCAUGGUGCAAAGCACAUUACAGGAUUGUCUGUUGGAGAAACUCACUCACUCGCUGUUGCUGCACUGUAUGCCCCUACUUACUCCACGAAGCCGCCCAAUGAGGUGCUUGGAGAUUCUAAGACGAUUGGAGAAGGUGAGGAAUCUGCUGGUGAAGACCCUGAAAUGGAGGAAGAAUCUAGGACACUUGGGCCUGUCGUUCCGAAAAGCGUGGAUGAAGGGGUACCUAGUCUGAAGGAUUUGUGUCAAAAAGUUGUCACCGAGUCGAUUGUUGAACCCAAGAAUGCUCUUCAGAUUCUUGAAUUCGCAGAUUCUAUAGGUGCAGAUCAUUUGAGGCGAUACUGUGAGGACCUAGUACUUCGUAAUCUGGAUUACAUUCUCACCAUCUCUCCCUCGAUAUUUGCACAACUACCAUCUGCCCUCUUGGCCGAGUUAGAAAAAGCUCUCGACUCUAAUUCGGGUGAGUCGUGGAGUUACAGAUUACUACCAACGCCUAGUGCAACCCUACCGGUUGUUAUAGACAGUGAAGAAGAGGAUGGUGAUGUUGGUGAUUUACGGACACGCAAUUUUCGGGUUGGAAGUAUGGAGCAAGACAUCCUGGUAGAGAACACGUCUAAUGAAGGUUUCUUGACUCCUAGGAACGUUGGAGGGGAGGAUGUAGUUGGUAAACAUAUACGGGCUGUGCGGAAGAAGCUUCAACAAAUCGAGGCACUUGAGUUGAAACAGUUCAAGGGUCAUGAUCUAGAUAGUCAGCAGUUGGCUAAGCUUCAAACAAAGCAUGAGUUAGAAAUUUCACUGUCAUUGCUCGAGUCUGGAGUAAUACCGCCAUUGUUAGCAGUAUCUAAGGCAAAUAGUAGUCCUAUCGAGAAGGAGAUUAAGGGUUCUCCAGGUCAUACAGAAAAUACAAGUGCCUCCAAACCUGGUGGUCGCACUGGACGAAGAAAAGGCAAAGUUUCAGGAGGACAUGCGCAGAGUGUCUAUCGACCUACCUCUGUUAAAUCCACGGAUUCAAAUAUUGCUGAAGACUUCGAUCUUCAGGAAGCUCUUGAACAGAUUGCUGUGCUGGAGAGCACAGGAGAACCAAGUAACUCCUCUCCUUCUGUACCCUCUAUCUCUCAGAAUGAGCCUCAGGUUCCUCAGAACACCCCUUCAUCCCUUGGAUUUAAGGAAAUUUCAGGGUUUUCUCCUGCUGGUUUAUCUGCUUCAUCGGGCUCUUGGAAAACCUCUCAAACUUCCAAGUCAGCGUCGUCUAAAAGGAAAGCUAAGAAGGGCGGCCUUUCUAUGUUUCUCAGUGGAGAACUGGAGGCACCACCCAAAGCACUUCCUCCAACUCCCCCUCCUGUACCGAAAGUUGAUGGUCCAGCAUGGGGUGGCGUUCAUCUGCUCAAGGGGUCUGCAUCAUUACGGGAGAUACAAAACCAGGAGAGUGUUGAAGCUAUCCAAUCGAAAGGAACAACGGUUGGUUCUGUAGAGAUUGGCUCAUCCACGAAGUUGAGCUCAGUUGGUCUCGCUUCCACUAACGAGAAAUCCAUACCGGGAAUUGGUCUUAAAGAAAUGGGCAUGAAAAAGUCCAACAGUUUAGGAAAAUCUUCAGUAUUAAGGAACCCGAUUUUGGAAAUGGUUGAAGUAAGCAGUACUAAGGGUAGAAAUCCUCAACCAGCCUUAAGUUUUGUAAAGACUACUUCUGUAGGGUCCAAUAGUAGUAGGGCCAACUUGGGUCGUAGUGAAAUAGCUAUCGAAUCAUCAUUUGAUGAAACAGACAGAGGAGCGCUGCGGGUAACCCUUAGCGAUUUUGUUCGAGGUUCAGCCUCCAUCGCUGUAACGUCAUCGAAGCAGUCUCAGAGUUUACAUCCAGAGAACAGUCCUCCUGCCUGGGCUGGACGAUCUCCAGGAACCUCAGCUCCUUUGCUGCGCGAUAUCCAAGACCAACAAGUAAAGCAACACAAAGCACAGCAGCGCCCAAUUGCAUUACGAAGCAGUCCACAGCUUACUAGUCCCUUGGGUUUAAUGGUAUCCGCACCUGGAAGGAGCAGCCAAGUUCCGGACCAUGGCUCCCCAUCCACUGAGGCUCCCAGUCGAUGGUACAAACCAGAAAUUAUCAACCCUUCUCCUAUUCGUAACAUCCAGAAAGAGGAAGAGGCAAUGAAAGAUUUGCGGCGUCUAUACAAGACGGUGAAAAUCGUGAGGCCGGUGGACAACUAAUCAACUGUUCAUUAGUUACGAAUUUCAUACUUCUGAUGUGCUAUCCCAGCAAUAGAGUUGUAUAUCGAUCAAUCUUCGUGUGUUUGUCAAUAUUUUUGAUAUGGUGGUUGUUGAUCAGUGGAAAAGCUCACUACUGGUGAGUCCAUUCCCUUCCAGGCUCGGCAAUAUGCUCUUGAUGAUCUCAUUUUUGAGUUUUGCUUUGUAUCCAGUAGGAGAUAAUGAAGGUUUCCAAGAUUUUCUUAGUUUGACUAUUCGUCUCAUCUGCUGUCUCAGGCACUUGUACAUUUUCUAGGUGCAGUUUCAGAAAUCUACACAACGUUUUAAUUUUU